AUGAUUGAGGCCUCAGUCCGCGACGCACUCGUGGCAUUUGCUGCUGAGCGCGAUUGGGAGAAGUUCCACACUCCAGAGAAUCUCGCCAAAAGCAUAGCAAUCGAAGCAGGCGAGUUGCUAGAGUGCUUUCAGUGGAACGCAGACGCCGAGCCGAAGCGUGUGCGCGAGGAACUUGCAGACGUCCUGACCUAUUGUCAACUUCUCGCAAUUCGCAUUGGAGCCGAUCCGGAUCAGCUCGUGCUAGAAAAGCUCAAAGUCACGCGCAAGAAAUAUCCCAUAGCUCAGGUUGAGUUCUCUAGACUUGCCGUUGCGACAUGGAGAUCCCAAGAUGAGAAACACGGGAAUUGGCCUGUUGUGUAUGUUUUGGAUGACAACAGUCGUCAAGGCAGAAGGAACUCAAGCAAUGUACUGAGAGACAUAUACGUUGGAGAAUCACUCAACGCUGUGGGCCGAUUACGUCAACACCUCGAUUCACCAGCUAAGCAACAUCUGACCAACGUCCGUGUCAUCUUGCACGAGAAAUACAACAAGUCGGUUUGUCUAGACUUGGAGUCUUAUCUUAUCAGAAUGAUGGCUGGUGAUGACGCCAACCAAGUGCUUAAUCGAAAUAACGGCAUCACCGACGCACAGUACUACCAGAGGGAAGCAUAUCGAGCAGGGUUCCGAGCAGUGUUCGACCAACUCAGGUCCGAUGGCGUCUUCACGCGAAGUAUUCCAGAAAUCGAGAACGGCAGUCUCUUCAAGCUAUCUCCUUUCAAAGCACUGACGGAAGAUCAAGCAAAUUCCGUCGGAGAGAUCCUCACGGGAUUCUUCACCGAUCUUUCGACGGGCAGGAGAAGCGCAAUUGUGAUUCAAGGCGACCCAGGCACCGGCAAGACCGUCGUUGCUAUAUACUUGAUUAAGCUCAUUGUCGACAUUGCAGCACUUAACUCGCUCGAAGAUCUCAACAGCGACUCGCGAUUUUCCGAAUUCCUCACUGCAACCAACCAGAAUCUCCUUGAAAAUUGCAGAAUCGGGUUGAUUGUACCGCAACAGUCGUUGCGGGGCACUAUCAAAGAUGUUUUUCGAAAGACGCGCGGGCUGCACCCGGACAUGGUUAUGACGCCCUUCCAAGUAGGAGAAGCAGAAGGGGUUUUUGAUAUGCUGAUAGUUGACGAGACUCAUCGGCUCAGUCAGCGCGCCAACCAACCGUCUGGAGUGCUCAAUGGGAAGUUUACAACUAUCACGACGGAACUUUUCGGCAGCAACGACUUCAGUAAGACGCAGCUUGAUUGGAUUCUAGCGAAGAGUCGGCAGCACAUCUUCCUCUUGGACGCAAUGCAGAGCGUUCGACCGGCUGAUCUUCCACAAGAGCUGCUUUCCGGUCUCGUUGCCGAUACCCGUGCAACGGGCCGGCAUUACCAGCUCCGCACUCAAAUGCGCGUACAAGCGGGUUCGGAUUUUGUGUCUUAUAUUCGUUGGAUCCUCGAUCCUAGCCCUCUCUCUGUUCCGCGAGCUCGCCUGAGUUUUGAAGAUUAUGAUUUCCGCGCCUUUGACACCGUUGAAGGAAUGCGAGAUGAGAUUUUCAAACGCAACGCCGAAGCGGGCCUUUCACGCAUGGUUGCGGGAUACGCUUGGGAGUGGAAGACUCAAAAGGACAAAACCGCUUUUGAUAUCGAGAUUGGCGAUACGAGACUUCGCUGGAAUAGUACGCCAACAGAUUGGGUUUCUUCUGAUAACGCGCUGCAGGAAGUUGGGUCGGUCCACACGGUUCAAGGCUACGAUUUGAACUAUGUUGGUGUCAUAAUUGGUCUGCAUUUGCGAUUCGAUCCGCUGCGAAGGCGGCUUCAUAUCGAUCGCGACUCAUACUUUGAUAAGAAGGGAAAGGAAAACAACCGGGCGCUCGGUAGGACCUACUCGGAUGACGAUUUGCUACGGUUCAUAACCCAGAUCUAUGCAGUGCUCUUAACACAAGGGAUUCGGGGUACAUAUGUAUAUGCGUGCGAUCCUGGCUUGAGAGCAUAUCUCUCGGACUUCAUUCCAUCCAGUUCAGGGAAUCCUGUAAAUUCAGCCCUCGGCCCGAACAAUCACACAAUUCUCUAA